GAGCUGCUGAUAACGCGAUCAGACGACGCCUUGAUACGGUUUCAAUUUCUUUGUGAAAAUCGGUGAACAGAGCAAGGAAUGGCCAACAAGUCCGUGCCGGUGAAAAAAGUACUCAGCCCACUCCAGCCAGCGAUCACCAGCGACAUGGUCAACAAGCUGCAGCAGACGCCGGCGUCCGAGGCGAAGAUUUCGGGAAGCGUGGCUUCUGCGUGGCGGUCCCCCCAGCUGAUGAUCGUGUUCGAGGACGGCGAUCUGCACUCGGCCCGGCAGCACCUGCUCGACUCGCUGCAAAACCCGUUCGCGGAGGGAGCCGUGGCCACGGUGCUGCUGCAGGAAAGCGUUCGGGAUCAGUUUGUGGGCCUGGUGGCCCAGAACCUCAAGCGACUGGAGCCACAGGUGGCCGGACAUCCCAGCUACGUGCGCACCCUGGCCCAGAUCGAGCUGCUCAAGGCCAAUGUGAUCAAAGCUGAGGGAGAUGUCCCAGCCGAUGCAUCGCCCCUGCUGGUGUCUGACUUUGUAAGCAGCUAUCUGGGGCAGCCGGGCCCCACUGGCGCCAUUACCCUGCAAACCUUCCGCACUGCGCGCGAGGCCACGCUGGUGAAUUUGAAGGAGUCGGUGCCCUACGCCAGGGUCAGCAUCUGGAACGAGAAGCUGGCCUGUGCAUACGAAGUGCUCGGCCACCUGGCCGUCGACACCUUCACGAUCAACUGCUUCAACCCGGACCUAAGUCCCAUCCGAUCGGCGUUCGAGGCCAAUCAAAACGAUGUUUGCCUGUUCAAGGGCUAUCACUACGAGACGCUGACAGUGAACUUUAAGCGCCGGAUCGUCGUCUUCCCGGUGGGAACCAUGUUCGCCAACUAAUUUUGAUCUGGAGUUGGAAUUGGACUGGGAUUCCUAUUCAACAAGGUGCUUGAUCAAUCAUGCCAUACAUAUUUACCCCUUUUGUAACUGUUUUUUGUACUUAUAAUUGUUCAAUACACGCGUUGCAUGACCCAACCGA